CACGGUCAGAUGCAUGAUGCCUCUGAAUGCCAGUUGCUGGGGCUCACAAACAGGGAGAGCUCUUGUGCUCAGGUCCUGCUUAUGGGCUCAUCUGGUUGGCCUCUGUGAGAACAGGAUGCUAGACUACAUGGGCCACUGGCAGCAGACUUAUAUUAUUAUGAAAUGGAGAGAAUGGGAAUAGAUGCAACUAGCAUCACUUGUCUGGGGAAAAGGAGUCUGGAAAACUACUCCCCAGAUAUUCAACUCCUGGCAGGAUUUAACUUUCAGUCCAAGGCUCUCACGGGCUGCUUGUUUAAAGUCAUCAGAUUCUGGUGGAAUUUAGGGAGACAGAAGAAAAUGAGAAUAAACCUGGCCUCAUGGGAGCAACUCUCUAAAAAUAAAUAAGGGGUUUCUACUAAUCCCAAUUUCAAGUCAAAGCCUAUGCUGUUACCUCACCUGUUGACAUCACAGAGAUGCUUACAUGGUCCUGGCAUUUCUCUUUGUCUCCAGUGCUCCUGAGCUAAAGGGAGCGUGGGUGUCCUUGAGACAGAGGAGUUGCUUCUCGAUGGAGGUGACUAGGUAUCAGUUCUCCAGGUCAGCCAACAGUUCUGAGGAAAGGGUCCUUGCUCACUAUAGCGAGGUGUCGUUAUUGCUGGAAGGGCGGUCGGAUUUUCCAGAAGAGCUGAAAGGCACCAAAAAGGGAAUGUUGUACCUCACCCAGUACAAAAUGAUCUUCCAGCACAAAGAUAAGGGAUCCACCAUCAUUCGUUUCCCGCUGCAGCUCCUAGGAGAUUGUGUCCUGGAGGAGGAGCCGGGCUCCAAGCCCCAGCAUAUCAAAGGAACGCUGACGUCUACCCAAGGGGUCCUUGCCUUCAAAUUUACCUUCCAGUACGGAGCGUCCGAUUGCCUAAACACAAUAAAGGGUCUGAUUGAUGCAGACAUACUGAGAGAAGGGACGAACCUCCAAGAAUACCCCACUGCUUCCAUCUAUACCUAUGCCUACCCCUCUGCACCCCGGGCAGCUCGGUCUCUCAGCAUGCUCCCACUGUGGCCUCCCCCGUACCCUGGCCCACCAGACCUCCCCCCUCCCUAUUCCGAAGUGGAAGGAACGUCUCCAAGAGGGAGCAGGGGCUCAGAGAUCCAAGGAGGCUGCUGUCAUUGCAGAGGACAGAGGAUCCAGGAUCAUGUUAACAGGCAGGACUGAGGAACAAGUGCAUAAACGUACUUUUCUUUAAAAUUGUAUCCGGUUUUUAACUUUU